CACAAAUAAUACAGCGACGCAAUAUCUAAUGGCAAUUAUUGUAUGCAUAUUGUCAUUCUCUGUAAAUCUCUAUCGCAAGGAAUAGUAUCGUGAGUAACUCACGAUUGUAAGAUUACUGACAAAGCUUCUAUUCUUUCAAAUCGAAAAAUAGAAAAAAGUCAAGAAAAUAUAUAAAUGAAAAUCUGUUAUGAAAUAGCGAUCGUUUAGUAAUGAGUGCGAAGAAAAUCGAUCGAAUGCAAUUUACUAUAAUUUUCACAUAUAACAUCUAUAAGUACAAAAGAAGUACACUAUAGAAUUUGAGAUAGAGAAAUAAUAAUGUGAAUAAUAUAUUGAACCGAGGUAUAGACGGAUGAUUCUUCGAAUUUUACGUGACAGUUAAUAUCUGACCAGAACAAUGAACGUGUUCGACAAUCAGUAUCGUACUUAUCGUAUUAUAUUGAAAUCUAUAGGACUAUGGCCAUAUGACAAUUCAAUCUACGUAUGGAUUCAGAGAUUGUCUUUAUUAAUAUACUUUCUUAUUGGUAUAAUAUUUCAGAUUAUUCUGCUCGUAAAAUCUGAAAUUACAUUACAAAAUUGCGUUAUCACGUUAUCUCAGAUUUUUCCUGUACUGCUAUUUUUUUUACGAUAUCUUCAUUUUAUUACACUUUUUUCAUACGCAGAAAUUCUGUUCGAUAACAUAUCUGCAGAACAACAUCAGUUACAAGAUUCGAUAGAAAUACAAAUACAGACGAAAUACCUCGAUAUUUCAAGUCAUAUUAUCGAUAUUUUUUGCUGUAAGAAAUCACUUUAUGCACAUUAA